AGUGACGUUCAUAGGAGUUCCUCUGCCCACUAUGGAGUGAAGUUAAUGACAUGCAGGCCACAGUGCAGCCUGCCUCCCGCCCACACACAAGCUGCCGCUGAAUGUUGCUUGUUGCUUGUGUCACGUCCAUUGACGAGUAUGUGUGUGUGAGUGUGUGUGUGUGUGUGUGUGUAAGCUGCAGAGAGCCGAGCACCAGUGAGGCAAGCACAGUGAUCAGAUGCUCCCAUCGAGGAGGACGCAGAUGGACAGCUUAGUGCAGCCUCUCGUCGCCCAAUACCUCGCCAUGGGCUGUCAAUCAAAAGUCAACAACAAAAGUGAAAGUAUACCCACGGACAACAAGGGCAAAGACGAUGCGAGAGUGACUCCAGGAUGUGGCUCCAGGUCUAGAGUUUCCCCGCCGGGACGUCCUCAAAGGUUCCACAAACCCAGCCAGGUCCACACCCCCACAAGCAAGCCGAUGACGUCUCUGGGUCACCUCACCAAGGGGGCGAGCUGGGAGGAGCUCAUCCAGGCUUGUUUGCAGGCCUUUGAUUCAGACGGCUCCGUAUGGCAACGCAGCCACUUAUUGAACAUCACCCUGACCAUGCAUCGUCUCCUCAUCUCCUCCAGCGAUCUGCUGGAUAAGCUCACUGCUUUAUUUAAAACAGCCAUGGACAACGAGCAGCCAGCAGAGUGCCAAAGGAUAUGCUACCUCAUCAGGCACUGGAUUCAGGAAUUCUGGAUGAUGUUCAGGUUGCAACACAGCUUGUCAGACAGCUUGGAUCAACUCCGGGAUUUGAUCAUGGAGCAGGGACAGGAGCAUCUCUGCUCUCUUCUAGAGACCAAAUGGAUAAACGAACGGGACUGGUCUUGGAAAGCCAGCCAGAAGAUCAAAGCUAACAGCAGCAAAAAGAGGAAGGUAUCUCUUCUUUUUGACCACCUGGAACCCAUCGAACUGGCCGAACAUCUCACCUUCCUGGAGUUUAAAUCAUUCUGCAGAAUAUCAUUUGUAGACUAUCAGAAAUACAUCCGCAACUGCUGCAUGAAGGACAUCCCCUUGAUGGAACGUUCCAUCGCGCUGUGUAAUGGUGUCUCCCAGUGGGUGCAGCUGAUGGUGCUGAGCAGGCCGACCGCUCAGCUGAGAGCUGAGGUUUUCACCAAGUUCAUCCAUGUGGCACAGGGUUUGCACGUCAUGCACAACUACAACACAUUAAUGGCAGUGGUGGGAGGGCUUUGUCACAGCUCCAUAUCCAGACUGAAGGACACCACCUCCCAUGUACCCAGUGAGGUCAUCAAGGUGUUAAAUGAAAUGACAGAUCUGCUGUCCUCCUGCCGGAACUUUGAUAACUACAGACAAGCAUUCAGCAGGUAUACAGGUUUUAAAAUCCCCAUCCUGGGGGUCCACCUCAAAGACCUAAUUUCAGUCAACGAGGCCAUGCCGGACUAUGUGGAGGACAAUAAAGUGAACGUUCAGAAGCUCCAGGCACUCUACAGUCACAUCAACGAGCUGAUCCAGCUCCAGCAGAUCCCCCCCAAGCUGGACGCCAACAAAGACCUGGUCCAUCUGUUGACGCUGUCCUUGGACCUUUACUACACCGAGGAUGAAAUCUAUGAACUCUCUUACGCUCGGGAGCCCAGAAACUGUAAAGCCACUCCAUCCACCCCAUCUCGACCUCCAGUGGUUGUGGACUGGGUAUCAGGAGUUGCCCCCAAACCCGAUCCCCGAACCAUCAGCAAGCAUGUGCAGAGAAUGGUGGACUCCGUUUUUAAGAACUACGAUCACGACGAGAACGGCUUCAUUUCCCAGGAGGACUUUGAGAAAAUUGCCGCCAGUUUCCCCUUCUCCUUCUGUGUCAUGGACAAAGAUAAAGAGGGUCUCGUCAGUCGAGAUGAGAUCACGGCUUAUUUCAUGCGGGCUAGCGUCAUCUGCUCCAAACUGGGGCUUGGCUUUGUCCACAACUUUCAGGAGACAACAUACAUGAAGCCCACCUUCUGUGAUAACUGCUCAGGAUUUCUGUGGGGUGUCAUCAAGCAAGGCUACAGAUGCAAAGACUGCGGGAUGAAUUGCCACAAGCUGUGCAAGGACCAGGUGGCUUUUGAGUGCAAGAAAAACACCAGAGUGAACAAUAACGCCAUCGACAGUCCCACGCCGAGCUCCACGCCUGUUACCACGGGAACCUCAGAGGGUUCAGACGAAUGUCCUUUCCCGUACCCGUCCGAUGACAGCAAAGACUGGAGCCCAGACUCCCCGGUCUCCUCGCAUUCGGGGCUAAACAGAGUCCACAGCGCCACCCAGACCGAUGGACCUCCACUGUCGCCCGAAUCCGCUCACACUCAACCGGCCCUGCUCGUCCCGGCCCCCGCCCCGACCUCCCCGACGUGCCCCAGCCCGCUGCUCCAAAGGAAACAACGCCAUUGUGCCAAGUGGGAGAACCGAGCUUCUCUUGUGCAGAAGCCCAGCGAGCCCGAAGAAGAAGAGAAUCAAUCAGUCAGCGAAACCCUCCAAUCACGUCUUUGCCAGGAGAACCAAAGGCUCCAGAAGGCCAACGAGACGCUACACAGGAAGUUGAAGGAGGCCGAACAGGAGGUGGAAAUGUUAAAGACGCUGCUGGAGAGGCGCACACUUCAUCCCGUGGAGGAGGACGACUCCUUCUAGAUACAUCAAGUACUGUACAUGUACAGUAAACCUCGGAUAUAUCGGAUUCAAUUGUUCCCACUGGUUUUGUCCGAUAUAAGCGAAAUCCGUUAUAUGCGUAUACCGGAAAAUGUCCGUUUUACGCAUAUAUCGGAUUUAUAUCCGGUAUAUGCGUAAAUCGGAUUUUAUUCGUUUUAAAAAGGCACUUCCUUGACUAUGUUUCCAAUGUACCUGGACGCGCAGGCAACGCUGCAAACGCUGCAAAUGACGUCGUAUAGCGGCGUGCCACGAUGCGGCGAUAUAUCCGAUAUAUGCGAGGGAAAUUUAAUGGAAAUGCAUUGGAACGGGACUGGAGAUUUUGUCCGAAAUAGGCAAAAUCCGUUAUAAAAAAUCCGAUAUAUGCAAUGAAUUUUUAUUGGAAAUGCAUUACAGAAAAAUCGGUUCUUUUUUAUCCGUCCAUUGUGAGCGAAUUUCCGAUAUAUCCGAGGUUUACUGUACAUGAAACGGGCAUUUAUGAUCCGGAUCUGGUAGAAUACACAGUGGAAUCUCCAAGGUUUGGAUUUCAAGCUACAUUUUCUCAAACCAAAAAAAAAAACCCUGAUGCCGUGCGAGAUACCCGCAAAUCCUUUAAGCAUGUCAACUUUUUCUUCGGAAAAACUAAUGCUCAGCUUCCUGAAUCCUCCUCAUCAGGUCAGCACAUGGAAGACGGCGCCCUCUACUGACGUGAUACUUGAAAAAAAAAUAA